UCCUCUUCUUGCAUAAUCCUUGAACCGCCAUGUGGACAUAACAACAAACCGACAGCAACAAGCCAUGGACAUAACAACUAACCAGCAGCGCAAGACAAGCAAAGGCCGACAAAAGAUUGAGAUCAUGAAAGUGGAGAAAAUAAACAGUCGUUAUGUUACGUUUUCGAAACGAAAAAACGGUAUUUUUAGAAAAGCCACCGAACUUUCAACCUUAUGCGGUGCUGAUGUCGCUGUGAUUCUCUUCUCCGAACAUGGGAAAGUGUUUUCUUUCGGCAAUCCAGAUGUAGACGAGGUUCUUGAUCGAUAUAUUGCUGAAAUAGAGGAGAUAGACAAUAACUGUAACUUAUUGGAAAGCAGCAGCAGCAGUUCUGCGACGGAAACUGAGCAAGAGCAAGAGUACAAGAAAUCUCUUAACCGGUUGGCGGAGAUGAAAAAAGCUGUGGAUGUUAUAAGAAACGAAACUGACAGGAAGAAUAAUGGUGAAUUUUGGUGGAAUCUACCCAUUCAUAAUAAGGAAAAAGAAGAGCUUGAAGGUUAUAAGGAGUCAUUAGAAGAGUUGAAGAAGAAUGUGCUGACAAAGAUCGACGAAAUGGCUUCUCAUAAUGCUUCAGGUGAGACAAGAAUUAUUAACCAGUUCAUUGAGGGUCAGAAUGAUGGCUUGGAGGCUGGUUUCAACUUUGAAUAUUAGUAGUGAGUUGAGUUCUUUACCAGCUUUAUAUCAUAAAUAAUAUAGAUAGUUCGUCAUCAUCGAAGUUACAAGAAAUAUGUCUCAUUAUCCAUCAACUGUUAUUGAGUAUUCGUUUUCAUUAAUUAAUUUUAUUUUUAAUUAGUA